UCCAAGUUGGCAGCCCUGCUCGAACAGCUGUUUGUGGUUGUUGUCGCGUGCAAUUCAUUUUUAUAACGAUAUUGUUUUUAGUGAAUUUAGAGAAUUAUUUAAAAUGCAGUGCACCCGUGCAGCUGCAAGACUGGCCAGCGGCCUAGUCAGAAGCACAUGGGUAACACAACAGUCCUAUAAACAUACCCCAGCGAUAUUAGGAGUCUUCGAGCAGUCCUGCCGUUUGUGUUCAUCCACCGGCGUUGUGGAUACUCCUAAUAAAACAAAACCCGGCACAGGAGCACAAGAAGAAGGAGGGAUUCUGAAGAGAGUUCUAAACAAAGUGGGCUUCACACCGAACACAAAAGCGCGCCUUAAGGUGACCAGUCAUCUGUUGUACGAAAGCGUGGCCGAUAAAAUCAACUAUGUGGCUUUCUUCCGCGACUUUAAUUUGCCCAAUACGUUUAACUCCUGGUUUUUGGUCACUGAACUGCAUGUGUGGCUUCUCCUGAUGCGCUCCAUGGCCGAGGGAUCCGAAACGGGCGAGGAUGGACGCUUCCUGCGCAACUGCAUUGUGGAGGCGAUGUGGGGAGAUGUCAACACACGCGCUAAAAAGUUGGGAGCCCACAAUCCCUCGCGCACCCGUCAGCAGAUCGAGACGUUAUCCGAGCAGUUCCAAGCGGCUCUCAUCGCUUACGACGAGGGCAUUAUGUCCGAUGAUAAGGUUUUGGCCAGUGCCCUGUGGCGCCGGUUCUUCGAGAUGAACUGCGAUGAUUACGCGCAAAUUGAACGACUGGUGAAGUACGUCCGCCAACAGGCCGCCAUGCUGGACAGUUUACCGCGCGAUCAGUUUAUCGUCAAGCCCAAAGUGGCCUGGCUGGAUCUGGACAAGUGCAAGGUGUAAUUUUAGUUUUUUCUGUUUUUAAUAAAGUUGAGAGUAUGUAAAGUAAAA